AUGAACGUUAUAUUUAGUGACAGUGAGGAUGAAGAAUCGACUCCUAGUAAAUAUGCGGAAUUGGUCUGCGAUAUUUUUUUCAAUUUAUUUGUUUCUCAAACCAACUUAUACCAAAAAAACAAGCGUAUAAUAUCCUAUAAAAGCGCUGCGAUAAGUCCAUUACAUGAAGAUGUCAUUACGAACGAAAUGAAAAUGUUUCUUGGAUUGGUGUUGCUGAUGGUGCAAAUUAAAAAAUCACACUGGAGAGAAUAUUGGUCUAAGGAUCCAUUGAUUGAAACACCAAUAUUUCCAAAAACCAUGGCCCGAAAUAGAUUUGAGCUGGUACGUCGGUUCUUUCACAUUGCAAAUUAUUCAAUAUAUACACCAAAACAACAAUUAUCGCUGGAUGAAGCUCUUGUACCUUGGAGAGGAAGACUUAGCUUUAGAACAUACAAUCCAUCCAAAAUAAUAAAGUAUGGGAUUUUGAUAAGAAUGCUUAGUGAGAGUGACACUGGUUAUAUUCUAAACAUGGAAAUUGACUCAGGUGCCGGGAAAAAAUUGAUUGGAACCAUUACUGAUGUAAUACAACCGUACUUCGGUCAUUGGUACCAUGUUUACCAAGAUAAUUACUACAACAGCGUUGUCACGGCAGAAAUGCUGAUCACGCGGUAUUACUUCAUGGGAGGGGCAGUGCUGUGCACUUAG